AACCAAAAUUAUGUAACAUUUGAUAAUGAUACCGUUAGUAUUGAUAUAAUUGAAAGUACAUUUAAUAAUCCUGAUUCAACGUAUUAUGUUAUGAUUGAGAAUAAUUUUGUUUCGACUCUAUCAUACAAUGAACCUCUCCCUGGUUUAUAUAGUAAUAUUUGGUCUUUUACAACGUUACCAGAAGAAGAAAAAGAAAAAGGAAGUAGUAAAAUUAAAAUGUUUUUUGAUGGCAUUUAUGGAAAAGUUAGAUUGACCAAAGACGGAACUUCUUACUUUGACACUCUCAACUCCAAUCAAAUAAAUAAAUUCUUUAAUAAUUUAACACAAGAAUUGGCCGAUGCAGUCGCUGUUACAUCAAAACGAAUAAUCACCAAUUAUAGAUUUGUAAUUGACACUAACAUUGAAAGUUCUUCAAAACAAUAUCUUUUAUCCAUUAAGAUUGAUAAACCACAAUCUGCAUCAGAUAGGGAGACUAAAUUAAUCACUAAAGAUUUAGAUAUUAUGAUUCGGAAUAUGGACAUCACUGUUCUUGCAUCUGGAAGUUCUUCGAAAUAUUUGGAACCAAUCUAUGGAUAUGUAACUAUACCCAGGUGGUAUGAGAAUUCUGACAAUAUAUGCCAACUUAUUUUAACAGUUAUAUUCAUUUUGAUAUUGACCAUACUUUGCAUCAUUUCUAUACAUUAUGAUGCAAAAAUUGAAGUAAAAGUGAUGCAAAUAGUAGUGUUAGGAAAGCUUUUUUUCACAUAAUGAAAUCGGGUAUAUGUAAAUUAAUCCAACCUUUAAAUUUAUGUAAGAGGAGGGAGGUUAAUGAGAGGAGGGAUGUUGAUGAGGAUAAGGUAAAGUACACAUUCUAUAUUUAAUUGAAAAUCAAAUGCUAACAUAAUGUUUAUUUAUUUAGAGCAACCACUUUAAAAUUUUUUUAUAUGGAUUUAAUGUUUUGUCAUUUGUGUUGGACAUUUUUUUUGUUAAGGUAGAGGCAGG